CGGAGACGGACCAACCAAUUGUUAAAACCCGGCUACCAACUUGGACACACAUUUAGAUCCGCUUGGAUUACUUUCGGAAAUGAGAUCUGGCCGUCGGUUUUCUUUCGACGUAUUAAUUCCCGUCAGGACGAUCCUGGCUUUGUUCGUUCGUUCGUUCGUUCGUUCGUUCGUUCGAGGUUGUAUCCAUUAUUUUGAGAAUCCAUUCGUUCGUGUGGAGGGAUGUGCUCAGUUGAGUGGACAUUUUGGUAUCCAAAGAAUUCUUGACAACUUACUAACCCUAACGCAAGAUAGUCGUCAAUCAACAAGGCAUCCGUACAACUGGAUUUCCCUGAGUUUUCCCCCUCACCGAGUCUGAAAACUGUUACGAAGCGGUGGGUUGAUUGUUGCCAUGAAGGGCGGAUUCUCGGGCAAGUUUUUAAGGGUAACCAGACGUCCUUGGCAGGAAUGUCUCCAAUCAAGGUGGCUGGAGUGGUGUUGUUGAAUAUCGAACCAUUUCAAUUCUCCGCCGCCGUCCCCUCCUCCUCCUCCUCCCUUCUCAUCAGCAUCAACAUCAUCAUCAUAGUCACCACUGCCUUCGUUGCGUUGUUAUGACGUUCUCCAGUUGGUUCGAAAGAUGGUCGAGAGCUCUGAUCAUGGAAUUCGCUUUGCAAGUUAGAUCCAUUUUCUUGACGAUUGCUCUCAUCAGUGUUAGUGCAGUACAAGGCAAUGAGCCGCUAUUGAACACGGGACAAAUUAACCCCGAUCUUCUCCAGUACAUUGUUCAGAAUCCCCUUCUCGCCAGUCAGUUACAAGCUCAAGUUGGGCUUUUCCCCCUAGUGGGAACACCUAAUGCAGGGGACCUGCUCUCCACGACAUUGGAUCCGUGUGCCGCUCUCCGAGCUGAAAAUGCAAACCUGAAGCAAAUCAUUGGGCUUUUGACCAUUCUGGAACAGCAAAGUGGGGUAGCGAGUACCAAUGCAGUGGAACGAAACUUGAGACAAUUGCCCCAAAACCAAGUGGAACAGUUCUUGAAGCAGGCUGCAUCUCCCUCGUUAAGUGCAUCAUUCUCAUUCGAAAGCGUUUUUGUCACGCCCACGCCCACUUGGUCAACGACUUACGACACUUCCACGAUCACCACAGUUAAAAUGGAGACCAGUACGCAAGAAAUUCCAAUAAUCUACCGAGGAACCAAGAUUAUAACCACAAUUGAAGAGUCUUUUGCAAAAACAGUCACCGAGACAGAGGUGAAGGCCGUUUCCAGUGAAAUAACGCCUACUCCCACCUGGUCCACUCAAACCGUUUUGCUUUCGACAACCCAAGCCGACUACAACUCGUUAUUGGCUCAAGUGAUCCCAACAAAAGCCUUGGACUUGGCUAAAGAUCCUCUAACACCGCAGAUUCCCUCAGUUUGGCCCAAGAUGGACACAAAUCAUCGGCCUUUUGACCCCAAAACUGGCCGAGAACAAGCGGAUGUGCUUGAAAUAGACGCAGAUACGUCGCCGGUGGAAGCCAAAUCCCAUUUGGAUAAACUGAAGCAAGCUUAUGGUGUGUUUUUUGCCUCCAGUGCUCAAAGGAACGCUGAGAAAUAUCGCAAAAUAUUCGGGAAUAGGUCUGCUCCAGAACGAGAAAAUCAAAGGAAUCCCAUAUUUGAUGAGCGCAAUGGCGAUGAUAAUCUUGAAAGAAUCUAUGAUCAGGAGGCCCAGCCAGCAAGGAAUCAAUACAUCUACUCCCGAUACCUCCCCAAAGCACAAUCCGUUUCACGUAUCAAAAAGGAGGAUCGAGAUGAGGCAAACUUGAAUACGUUAUGGAGCCGAGUGCAAACUCAAUACAUCUCGGGCUCUGUCCCAGGUGAAUACACGACUCGUUUGACAACAAUUGUCGAUGGAGCAGCGCAAUCUAGGAGCAAUCGUCGAUGGAAAAGGCACAACCAUGAUAUGAUCAGGCCCUCUCCAGUUGAACCAAUUACGAAGACUACCUUAGCAUUCACUGAUCGUUCACUUGAUCGGCCAAAUGUUGCGCCUUUCGAUGAGAUCGAAUUUGAAAGCCAUGAUCAAAUGGCCAAGGGAAAUUCCAUGGAUCUUCAGAGCUCGUUUUACGUUACUUUUCCUCCAAUGGUGACUAGUCAUCGUGAAAUGGAUACAGAUAUACCAAAUCUUAUACGCUUAUCAGCUUGACUUUUUUGAUUGUAUUUUUCUCACUAAUCCCUCACUAAAUGGAUCAUCUUCAAAAUAAUUAUUUGGUUGCUCUUAAUAGGGCUCCUUGGUUCUCGUA